GUGCGGGAGUGAGUGAGUGCGUGCGUCCCGCGGCAAUGGGGUUCGGAGACCAGUAGCGGCGGCGGUUGGAGCGGGGAGCGCGGCCUUGUGCGAUCUUGUGCUCCGUCUGCAGCCCGCGCCGCUGCAGGGGCGGCGGGAGUCUCGGCUCGCUGCGCCGCUCACUUCAGGUUGUGUACACGAUGUUGAAUGAAGAGGAACUACUAUAGCUAGCAUCUUUGAGAAGGCAGAAUUCAAAUACAUUUACAUAAAUGGCAGAUGAGGAAAGAAACAAAACCACAACUGUGCAGAUCGGACAAAGCCUUUACCUCUCUGUUAUCACAAACCAGAACAUGAACUUGUUUAUUCGGGGAGUGGUCCUAUUUUCCAUUGGUGUGUUCUUAGCACUUGUAUUGAACUUAUUGCAGAUACAAAGAAACGUUACUCUUUUUCCUCCUGAUGUGAUCGCCAGCAUUUUCUCAUCGGCGUGGUGGGUUCCGCCAUGUUGUGGCACAGCGUCUGCUGUGAUUGGUUUGCUUUACCCCUGCAUUGACAGCCAUCUGGGUGAACCCCACAAAUUCAAAAGAGAAUGGUCUAGUGUGAUGCGGUGUGUGGCAGUUUUUGUGGGUAUAAACCAUGCUAGUGCUAAGGUAGACUUUGCCAACAAUAUGCAGCUGUCCCUUACCUUAGCAGCACUUUCCAUUGGAUUGUGGUGGACAUUUGAUAGAUCUCGAAGUGGCUUUGGACUUGGACUUGGAAUUGCAUUCCUUGCAACAUUAGUCACGCAGCUUUUAGUCUACAAUGGAGUUUAUCAAUAUACAUCUCCAGACUUCCUGUAUGUUCGGUCUUGGCUACCUUGUAUAUUUUUUGCUGGUGGAAUAACAAUGGGAAAUAUAGGACGCCAGUUAGCAAUGUACGAGUGCAAAGUUAUUCCAGAAAAACCUCAUCAAGAUUGAAGUAAUAUUAUGGAAAUUUGAAGAUUUCAUAUACACAAUUGGAAAUCAGGAUGAUAUGCCAAAUGAAUGUAAAAAGCUGUAAAUAACGGUUCCAACAUAAAAUUGCAGAAGCUGCAGUUUUGUUUAUUCUUAUUCGCUCUCCGACAGGAAAUGCAAUCUGUGAUUGCUGAUGGUAUAAAAAUGUUUUGUUAGAACCCAUUGUGUGAAUAAUAUGUGCAAGACGGUAUAUCUAUGUGCAACUCUGGACUCAAUUUUAGUACAUUGGAAAUGUUCAUAUUUAGAGAUGUGUGAUACCCAUAUGCAAAUAUGUAUACAUAUUUAAUCUGAGCAAAAGAACAGAUUUUUUACUCAUUUGAGAUGCUCACAAAGCAGUAUCCUGCAGUUAUUCAGUUAGCCUAAUUUUUAAGCGGGUUUUUAAAAACUCAGUUGUAUUUUCCUUUUUCCCCAAUUUGGAAUAGUCUGUUUAGGAAGCUCAAGAGAUUCAACAAGCUUUAAAUUAGGUAGAACGUUAUUCCUGAUUUUCAAGAUGUUUACUAUAUGAAUUAUAUUUUUUGCCUUAGAUGGAAUGUAUUAUCGGAACCUUCUGGCUCAUCCCCAUUAUUAAGAGUCCUGCUUAUAACACAAUUUUUUUAAUGAUGCAUAAAACUGCUUUAACCAAUAAAUAUAUACAUACACAAAUGUGUGAUGUUAGGAAGCAAUAUGCCAUUUAUUGAUGAUUCAAAACAUUGUGCGCUUUGUGAUUUGCCUACAAAAAAGGCAGGUCUUGGAAUUCUCUUUCAGCUUAAAAAGGAUAUUUUGUGAAAAAUAAUUUGAGAAUACAUUUGCUGUAUUUGAUUUGUUUAGAAUAAAGAAAAUUAAUUUGCAGUACAAGCAUCUUUAAUGAAAGCCAAAUAAAUUAAUGAGUUUCAGUUAAAUUAAGGUAUUUGUGGUGCAAAUUAUUUUAAUUAUUCUGUGUUUUCAUCCAUACAAAAAUAUAUAUAAUAUCCCAUUUUAAGUGGGAAUAAUAUAAUUUGACUUGGGUAUUGUAGACUAAUUUAUUCUGAAUAUUCCAAAAUAUCUUUCAAUAAAAUUGGCUGCUGUUGGCCCAAACAAAAUAUUUUAUUUUUAAACCUUACUAAACAACAUUGCUUUACUCUUAGCAGUAAUUGGGAAUGAUUACAAAAAAAAUGUUAAAUUAAGACUUUUAAAAAGAAAAGCUGCCCAAUUGUGUAGGAUUGUGGAAUGAAUGUAAACAUCCUUGGGAUUUUUUUUACAUCAACAAUUCUCUGCAAAAAUGUGCAUUCAACAUGCCUAUAUCUUGUAUUUUACUACAUCUAAACCAGUGUCUAAUUAUUUGCUGAUAUAUUUAACCUGCAUGGCGCAAUACCAACAUUUGAAGCGUCAAUUGAUAGGAUUUUUGUGCUAACAGUUACAUGUUUGGAACCUCAUUAAUGCAGUGCAUUUGGUCACUUUAACUAGAAUUAAAUAGCUGACUACAGAUUUUUAUUGUGUUUUCACAGUAUGCUCAUUCUUCAGGUUUUCAGCUUUAAACUAUUUUGAACAGUUAUGCCAGAUUUUGCUGAGUAAAACAGUGAAAAAUGAGAACCUUUCAGUGUAUUAUUUAUCACAUUACUGUUAAAGCUGCCAGGAUUUUAUUUUGUCAAUUAAAGUACAAUGAUCGAAGGUUUCAAAUACCGAAACAUUUCACAUGCAUUUUUGAUCUGAAUGGAAUAUUAACCAUGAAAUGCUUUGAUAGUGUUUAUGAUGUAUUUACUUUAUUUCUAUUUUGCUUGUAUGCAAAAAAGAGCUAGAGUUUCUGGUAACCAUUGUCAUAUUACACUAUGGGUAUGGAAAUUAAGAGGGAAAUGUAUGAUAUUGAAAAAAAUAAAAUUACAUAUUUUUCACAAUAAA